AUGUUGCGCCGGGUGCUUGCGCUAACGACGCAGUUCCGCCUGCCGCACGAGGGCAUGGCCGCGUACGAAGUCCUUAGCCGCGGCUCGGCUGUGCUCGGGCAGCGCAUGGUCGACAAGGACGCAUCCCGCCUCCACGUGCUCACGUGCGCGCACGUGGCUUGCCCAUGGCUCUUUCCCGCCUACUACCCCAACGACUGGCUGGAACACGUCGACGAGGCGUACGUCAAGCAUACGCUGUCGCUGCACGAUGCGGUCACGUGCGAGAAGGCGUGGGAAGUCGAGCUCGAGGCCCACGUGACCUUGCACGGCUCGCGCGAUCUGGCAGCGCUCGAGUUGAACCUCGAAAAACACACCGGUCGCCUCCUCUCGGGCUACGACCUCUCGCGUCUCGCCGCCCUCGACGAAACGACGGCGCUGCAGUACCACGGACACAUUGAGCCAUCGCCCGGCAGCAUCACGCCGCUCAUCGUGCCCGGGGCCUACUUUUGGCGCAACGCGAGCACGCGCCAAGUGUUUGGGAAGAGCGACUCGGUGCUCGAGCAAGGCAUGUGUGGCGGCGCCGUCACGACCAAGGACGACGUCGUCGUCGGCCUCAUCGAGGGCAUCGUCCCCGAGAAGGAAGACGCGACGCCCGCGUACAAGUCGCUCGAGAACGCGGUUGCGUUCGUGCCGCAGGACGACCUGGCCGCGUUCGUUCACGACAUCGAGGUCUUUCCCCAUGACGCCAACACGCUCUUUACCAACACGCUCGGGUCCAUCGGGUGUGGCGACGACUAAGAAGUCAAGAAUGAAGGGAAAUUCCCGUGUCC